AUGGACCACUCUUCUUUGUCUCGCCUUCCCCAAGAUAUAAUUGCCACCGCUAAAACCACCAUCACUGACCACGACUCCAAAAGCUCCGAAUAUAGAGGUGUGAGGCAAAGGGGUUGGGGUAAAUGGGUGGUUGAGAUCCGUGAGCCUUGGAAACAUUCUAGGAAAUGGCUCGGCACUUUCGCUUCGGCGGAGGAAGCAGCUAGAGCCUAUGAUCGUGCAGCUAUCAUACUCUACGGUUCCAAGGCUCAGCUCAAUCUUCAACCCUUGGUCUCUUCAUCGUCAUCGUCGACUCAAACUUUAAGGCCUUUGCUUCCUUUUCCUUCCGGGUUUUCGUUUAGUUAUUCGAACCCUAGUACUACUCACCAAGCUUCUUUAAGUGUUCCAUCUAGGGUUUUGCCGUAUGGGGUUUAUCCAUCCAUGGUGCAAAAUCCACAGCAAGGGUUUCACACCGUGCAAGAAACCGAACCAAGUGUCGUUGUCAACACUGGUGACCCGACACUGAAAACCUCGUACACAUAUCAACAACUACAACACCAUGAUCAUCACCAACAAGGUUCCUUGUACGAAUAUUUCAACUCCCUGGUGGGUUCUGUUGGUUCGAGCUUGUCAUUGUCAUCGGUUGCAUCAGCGGGUCCGGAUACGGGUUUGACAGUUGGACCCGGAUCUCCAUCAAUAGGGCCCUUAACAGAUGAUAUCGAUGAAUAUCCGCCACCUUUCAUUUGGGAUUACAUGGAUCCUAGUUUCAUUCUUGAUUUUUGA